AUGGAUAAUCCUUUUAUGGAUAUAACAGAUAUUUCAGUAACUGCUACUUAUGGAACUGGUCAAGAAAUUGGUUUGGAAAUAAAUGGUUUUAUUAAAAAUUUGGACCUAUAUCGAAUAAUUAUAAUUUACAAAAAGCUUAAGUUCAAUAUAAAGAACCUGGAAGCUUUUAUUGAUGAAUUAACAUUUGCUUAUCUUGAAUUUCAGAAUAAUAAGAACUUACUAAGCUUAGAUCAAAUCAUUGUAAAUUUGAAAAGAAAUACAAGGUUUAUUAAGCCCAAAAAUUUUCAGGAGAGAACAGAUAAUUAUUCAAAUAAAUUUGAUAAUAACAAAAAGAAGCAAUUAAAGAAAAACAAUAGAUAUGAAAAUAGGAGUCAAAAUUCUUCGAAGAAUAAUGAUGAAAAUUAA